AUGAAAUAUUAUUGCGUGUGGUUGCUAGUUUAUAGUCUUUGCUAUCAGUGCCUCGAUAUUCGUGCUACACGAGUGAACAAUGACGAACCGGAUGGACUGUGGUCUAUGGGUAAAGGUAAUCCUCAAAAUACUUUUCGUAUAGUACCGUCUCUGCCGACGAAUUAUUCUAAACUUCCAUGGACAUAUGAAUUCAAUUUAACAUCGCAAGACACCACUCAAUUUGGUUUUGCUGCUGGAAUCAAUGGCGAUAUGUAUUUCUUUCAGAGUCAAAUAAGAGGUCAUCCAGCUGAUUGGAUUAUUUGCUUAACUCUGAAUGGAAAAGUUCGAUGGACUUUAUUUGUCGAAACAGUCCCAGAAAUGGAUCCUAUUGGUGUUUCCAAUAUCGUGUCCGAUCGACAAGGCGUUCUCUAUUAUACCAUCUCUUGGUCAGGUGAUACGAUCUAUACCGCCAAGAUCUGUCGAGUUACCCAUGCUCAAACAUCGCAUCCUACACAAGAGUGUGUUGAAAAUUACGAUCUAUUUAUGUAUGUGAAUGCGCCAUUGACUUUAGAAGAGAAUCACAAUCGUUUGAUUACUGCGGUGAGCGACAAUGAUUUUGAAUCGAUACCGCUUGUGCUAGAUAAAAAUACCCUAGAAAUGAUUUGGAUCGAUAGACAUGUUUUUGGAGCUGGUAUGGAAGGACAAUAUCGAUGUGACCUGAAAACGGGAGAUAUAUUAUGGAUAGGCGGGGAUGAUCGUCUGUUGAAGUUCGAUUACGAUGGACAUAAAAUAUUCAAUAACGACACACAACCGGGUUUAUCUGGCAUAGACUUUGUUUUGGAUUCACAGGAAGAAAUUAUCGUCCGACCUUGGCAAGAUGGUUCGAGUUUGCCAUGGAAACUCUUUGUUUCAUCCAGUGAUGUUUCAACGCACGAGAUUAAAACGCGUUGGACAUGGAAGGCACCUGCAUCUAUCCUCAACAAUGAUAUGAUAACAGCGCCUACUAUAGAUGAAAAUGGAACGGUUUAUAUGGCCAGCAUACCUUUGGCAUUCGCCAUUGAUAAACAGGGGAAAACUUUAUGGACGACAUCGUUGGCAACAGCAAGUGAAAUAAAAACGUACAAUUUAAUAUCAUUUUGCAUCUCAAUGAAUCGUAAACGUCGUGUUAUUUACGUCGUAUCAGGCUCACCGUUUUAUCAAAAACAAAAAUAUGUUUAUUUUAUUACUGCGCUUAAUAUGGAUACGGGUAAAGUGAUCAAGCGCAUAGAUUUGAAACUUGCCGAUACAAAAUCGAUUAGUCCUCAAUGUCCAAUAUUGAUCGGUGAUGAGAUGUUGUACUUUUCUUGGUUGGAAGGAGAGUAUCCUCAGAAGGUACCAAUCAAGGUGAUAGGCAUCGAACAAGUUUAA